GGGGCAACUCCGGAGGCGGUGCUCGGAACGCAACCAGGAGAGCGACGCGGCGGCCGCAGCCAUGGGCGCUGGGCCUUCGGCGGCGCGGAGGGGGCUGGAGCAACGGCCGGGAGCGGCUGAACAGACCGCCGCCGGGACUGGCCCUUGACGCUGAGCCGCGGUGGGGUCCCCGCAGGCGCUGCGAGGGCCCGUGAGCAGGAGCGGGGAGCAUCGGAGGAGCCGGGCAGCCGCCGGCCACUUCAGGGGGGCCCGCCUGACCGCUGGGCGGAUCGACAGUGCCGUGUGGGCACCUCUGGGGGUGGGGUGACCCGCCUGGCACGUUUCGGGGGCCGGGGCGCGUCCGCAGGGCCGACGCACAUCCCCCGGGGGGAGAGGGGGGCACCGCCGGGGCCCAUCGACGCCUCGGCCAGCCCUGGGGCCGCCCCUGGAUGGCUGGGCUGCCCCGUCGCCGGCCACCCGGGCGCCGCAGCGGCUGAGCUCGCUGGGAUCGACGGGCCGCCGCCGGCCUCGCCGCCCCCUGCAUGCCCGGCGCCCGGGUCGCGGCCCACCUGGACGCGCUGGGCCCCCUGGUCCCCUCCGUGCCGCCGCCGCUGCUGCCCUCUAUGUUCUACGUGGGCCUGUUCUUCGUCAAUGUGCUGAUCCUGUACUACGCCUUCCUUAUGGAGUACAUCGUCCUCAACGUGGGCCUCGUCUUCCUGCCGGAGGACAUGGACCAGGCGCUCGUGGACCUCGGCGUGCUCUCCGAUCCUGGCUCGGGCCUCUACGAAGCCGACUCGGAGCUCGACGUCUUCGAUGGUUACUUGGAGUAGAUUUGGCUGCUGUCCCCCGCUCUCCCCACGACCCGCAACCCUCGGCCCCGACCGGCGCCCGGAUCAUGCCGCCGCUGUUGGUUGAGGGCACCGUCUGGCCAGGGAUGGGACCCCCAGGACGAGGCCCUCUCCGGCCUCCGAGGCCUGCCUGCCCCCCUCGAAAGCUCCGUGCCAACAGAGAGGUUCCCAUCUGGACCCAGGACGGUGGGACAGAGAGAUUGAGACUGGGUGCUGAGGUCCAGAAGGCAUGUGCCCCUGCCCAAAGGGUGAGGCAGGGGUGCCCAGAGACCUCGCCUGCCUGCAGCCUUGCGCAAACAGCUUUGCCCUGGCUUCCUACCUUUCGCUGUUGCAAUGGAUGUUUACAGGAACCCAGCCAGAGUCCGCCUCUCUGCUCUUCAGCCCUGACUGCAUCUGCUUCCCCCACUUAACCUUUGGAGAGGACACUUCAUACACAAAAGCAACUCGCAGCUCUUUUUGAUGCCAGUGGAGCUCUGAGCCCCAUGGGGUUUGGCCCGAGGCCGGGCUUAGAUACAGCGACUGUUUCAGAGAGUGACUCAGAAGGAAAAGAACACCUGGGGGGCUGAGGAUGGGGUUUUGACUCAUUCAUUUCAAGUUGUUUGCUCUCCAUCAAGUUGCCAGAACUGAUAUGUUGCGCCGGGGGACAGCGCUCCUCUGGCCAGAAAUAUUUUUUGAAAAUGUGAGUGGCAUGAAUACUUGACUUCGAUAAACCUGUAAAAGCAAUACUUAGGAGGCUAACUUCUUUCAAUUAAAAAAUGUAUGCAACU